AUGAGCUCCCCGGAGGAGGCGGCAUACAGGCUCCUGACCGAGUACACAAAUGGGUUCAUGGUGUCCCAGGUUCUGUUUGCCGCCUGUGAGCUGGGCGUGUUCGACCUUCUGUCCGAGGCCCCGGAGCCCCUGGGCUCGGCGGCGGUGGCUGCGCAUCUGGGCACCUGUCCCCGUGGGACGCAGCUGCUGCUGGACACCUGUGUGUCCCUGAAGCUGCUUCAGGUGCAGACGAGGGGAGGAGAAGCUGUGUAUCGAAACACAGAGCUGUCCAGCACCUACCUGGUCCGGGCCAGUCCCAAGUGCCAGGGCAACAUGGUGCUCUACCUGGCCAGGACGACGUACCUGUGCUGGGGCCACCUGGCCCAGGCCGUGAGGGACGGCAAGAAUCAGUACCGGAAGGCCUUCGGGGUGCCCUCAGACGAUCUCUUCACCGCCAUCUACAGAUCGGAGGGCGAGCGUGUGCUGUUCAUGCGGGGUCUGCAGGACGUCUGGAGCGUCAGCGGGGGACCGGUCCUGGAGGCCUUCGACCUGUCCGCCUUCCGGCUCAUCUGCGACGUGGGCGGCGGCUCCGGGGCGCUGGCCAAGCAGUGCGCCGCGCGGUACCCUCGGUGUCGGGUCACCGUCUUCGACACGCCCGACGUCGUCCGGACGGCCAAGGAGCACUUCCCGAUCCCGGAGGAAGAGGAGCGCAUCAGCUUCUGCGAAGGCGAUUUCUUCACAGAUCCCCUCCCGGAAGCCGAUCUUUACAUCCUGGCGCGCGUCCUGCACGACUGGAGCGAUGAGCGCUGCUCACACCUGCUGACGCGCAUCCAGCGCGCGUGCAGGCCAGGCGGCGGGGUCCUGGUGAUUGAAAGCCUCCUGGACGCAGACGGGCGCGGCCCCCUGACCACGCAGCUCUACUCGCUGAACAUGCUGGUGCAGACGGAGGGCCGGGAGAGGACCCCCGCCCAGUACGCCGCGCUCCUGGCGCCCGCGGGCUUCCGGGCCGUGCAGUGCAGGGCGACCGGCGGCCUCUACGACGCCAUCCUCGCCAGGAGGUAG